AUGGGAACUUUCCUUGGAGAGACGUUCUUUACGCCUAGGUUCUGGGUAGGGCUUCCAGCGUGGGUGAGCGGGCUUUGGCGCAAUGGGUCAACCGACAUCAACCUGGUCACCAAGUUUGCCGAGGGUUUGGCGACCUCCAUCGGCGCGCAGAUGAGGACAGCCGCCGUUGGCCCAAGCAUGCUUCGGGAAGCUCGCGGCACCACUUUGGUGGAGAAGACGUGCAUCCGCAUCCACUGGGGAUACAUUACAUUUUUUGCGGUGGUCUUUGUCUUGGAGGUGCUGUUCCUAGGCAGCGUGAUGGUCUUGAGCUACCGAAGCAGGCUGCACGCGGAUUGGAAGUCAUCCACCCUAGCAGUCGCGUUUCUAAGCUCGGCAAGUCUCAGGAGAGGCGGGUGGUCCCCGGAGAACCCCGAAUCGGAGGAGAGUCUGCGGGAUGCAGCGCGGUCAGUCAAGGCGUCACUUAACGACGAUUCGGGAACAUGGCAACUUCGAACGCAGGGGCCGAAACUCUGA